CCACACGCUCGCAGUCGAGAAAGGAAGGAGAAGAGAGAAGAGGAGGUUUCACAGUCGAGCGCUUCCUUAUUAACCCAGAGAGAGUCAAGAAAACAAGCAGUGUCGACGGGAACAGACGAGUAACAGUGACAAGAACCAAAUGGAGCCGGAUGAAGAGGCAAACAGAAGUGAGAGAAGAGUCAGUGUUAUGGAACGAUGAUUACUUGAGUCCCGUUGUGUUUAGGCAACUUUUACAGAUGGCAAACGCAUCGAGCAACAAAACGGACAUCGUGUACACCCACGUCCGCGUCUGCGCGUCAGCGGCGGCCUUCGUGAUUCUGUUCUUCUUCAAUCUCUUAAUAAACUGGACCAUCCUGCGGGAGCAGCGCCUGCGCAGUCAUGCUCGCUUCGUGCUCGUCUUCCACCUGCUGUUCUCGGCCACCGCGUACUUCGCCGUGUCCUUCAUCUUCUACCUGCAGAUGCACGUGCGCGCGGAGACGCCGGUGCCCGCGUGCGUCGCGCUCAUCACUGCGCUGGCAACGAGCGCCUCCAACAUCCUCCUCACCAUCACCGCCAUGGCCCUGGACCGCUACGUGGCCAUCUGUUUCCCGCUCCAGUACAGCAGCGUCCGCUUCAAGCAGUGGCCCUGGGUUCUUGGGUUGGUCACAUGGGCGCUCGCAACCAUCAUCCCUCUCAGCCUUGCUCCUAAAGUAGCGAGUCAGACUGCAGACCCCUACCCCAAUCCCGACAUCUCCUGUGGCCGGAAUAAGCUAACACUAGGGGUGAUGCACAAGUUUCUACUCAUCUCCGUUUGCACUGUGCUCAUCAUGUACAGUUAUGUGCGCAUUUUGUGCGUGGGCCGCCGCCUGGGUGUGCUGAACCGGAGGAACCGGGCCGGCUGCAGGACCAUCGCCUUACAUGGCCUCCAGCUUGCAGUGUACAUCCUGCCAAACUUCAUUAACUUUGUGCUGCAUCUCCUGACCAAAAAUAAGACGAUUACAUCAGAUACCAAGGAGCUUUUUGCUGUGGUAACGUUUGUUUUCUUCAGUCUGGCGCAGUGCAUCGCCCCGAUAGUGUACGGACUGCGCAAAGAGGAGCUGCUGGAGCAACUGAACCUCCGCUUCCCCUGCAGACUGAAGAGCCUGCUGGAGUGGACGGUCGGGGUCACCCAUCCUGGACGGAAACCCCGCCAACGGGAAAGGAGAAUGACAACAGAGACACUUUUAUCAAGAGAAGUAUCACAGACGACAGUGUGACCAUUAGGAACAGUACACAGAGACACUGGAUGCAGAUUUAAUACAGCUACAGACUGGACUUACAGUAUUCAUGCAUUUUUUGUACAUGAACUCAACUGUGAAAUGGUCAGGAGACCAGAGAAUAGACUUACAAAUGAAGUGGCAGCUAUGUGGAGCAAAAAGUCAUCAAAAAGCUUGUUUCGACACGGUGGGUGACUUGAGUGUUUAAAGAGUAUGUAUUCAGUAGACUAACCCUAUAAAAUGAGAACGGGAGAGGGGUCGUGUAAUGAAGUAUAAGCAUGUUUUACAAGUCUUUCCAUAGAGUAUUCAUCAGUUGGUUUUGAAUUCAUGGGUCUCCCCUUUACUUAACCCCUUAAACGAGCAGUGAGCUGUUCCAGACACGUUCCUCACACUCAAGUGCGCAGCCCCUUCUGGGUAGGUUACUUCAUAGUUUCUAUAAAUAAUCAUAUGAUGGGAAAUCAAAUAUUUAUUUUAAAAUGACAGUUUACAAGCAAUGGAAACAGCUCACCAAGGACCAACAACUGUAGCAAAAUGAACCAUGACUCCUCUUACACAAACUUAAUUAAAAAAUGUAUUUUUUAUUUUUUUACCAAGUUUGUCAAACCCGAGGUGUCAUUCAGACAGGUCACAGAUGCAGCUAAAAAUGUCAUCAUUGCUGCAAGCGCAUUAUACAGAUCUCAGGAGACUUGACCAAUUUUAAAAUUCAACAAUCCCAACACCAAGCUGAAAGAUUUCAAGGGGGUCAAGCUAGCAAUACUUAGACAUAGCAUUUUGAAGUUACUCUUCUUUACGUUAAUUGAAAUACUGAUCAUUAAAUACACAGAGUCUAUUUUCUUGUUUAUUUAAUUCUUUAAUGUUUAUUUAUUUUUUAAAUCACAAGACUCUGGUACAUGGGGGGGGGGGGGGACCCAGCCUGCAGAGAGCUUUUAAUAUUUUAGUCAAAAAAAAAAGGAAAAACAAAAAAACCCUGUGAAAUUUCCUGUAACUGCAUUGUAAAUUUCAGGCACUAACCAACUGUAUGCAUAAUAAAUAUCUUGCUCAA